AGUUUUGUGUGAAGUGCCACAAGAGACGGUUGAUUUUGAGGAUAACUUGUUGAAUAUUCUCUUGCAACAAAAAUGACUAAAAGACCAAAUUCUAAAGAAAGUGAAAUAAAAUCUAAAGAAAUUCCGACGGACUUAUCUAAUGCUCUCCCUGAAGAUGAAAUUUCAAGUCCAAAUGGGGAUGUAUCAAGUGUUCAGGAUCUUGGUACAGAUUUCAAUUUCAAACGUAAAAUUGUGUGGUCAAAUGUAGUUGUCUUCUUAAUCUUACACAUUCUCGGAUUUAUUGGUCUGAUUGAGAUGCUUACUUUGAGUGUAAGCAUUCUAACAAAUAUCUACAAUAUUUUUUUGGGCGUGAUCGGUGGAAUUGGAAUCACGAUGGGAGCUCACAGACUCUUCACUCAUCGUUCCUUCAAAGCCAAACCACCUCUAAGACGUAUCCUUAUGAUUCUAUUUGUUCUCAAUGGACAAAAUCCAUUAUGGGAAUGGGCUAGGGAUCAUAGGCAACAUCAUAAGUACUCAGAUACAGAUGCUGAUCCUCACAAUGCCAGCAGAGGAUUCUUCUUUUCCCACGUAGGCUGGCUUAUGUCCAAGAAGCAUCCUAAGGUGAUCGAACUAGGCAAAGGGAUCGAUAUGUCGGAUCUCGAGGCAGAUUCCUGGAUCAUGUUCCAAAAGAAAUACUUAAUACCAAUUUACGGAUUAGUAUCCAUUGUGAUUCCUACCAUAAUCCCGGUCCUGCUAUGGAAUGAAGACCUCAUAAAAUCAUUUCUCGUUUGUUACGUCACCAGAACAGUUAUAGUUCUUAAUUGCACGUGGUGCGUAAACAGCGUGACCCACAUGUACGGAACACGUCCGUAUGACAAAACCGUUCUUGCGGUUCAAAAUGACUAUGUAAGUGCCUUUUCAUUCGGCGAAGGUUAUCAUAACUACCAUCAUGCCUUCCCUUGGGACUACAGAGCAUCAGAGUUUGGGCCACAGAAUGGUAUUGUACAAACCUUAAUUGAAUAUUGUGCUAAAAAGGGUUGGGCGUAUGACUUAAGAUCACCCACGGAAGAAUCCGUUAAGAAUCGUGUCCAACGAAAAGGAGAUAACUCCCAUUAUAAGUACGGCGGCUCUAAUAAUUAUGAUGAGUGUGAGACCAGGAAAAACUUAUAGAACUCAUAGACGAGUAGCAUGGGAUAAUUGGGAUUAUAGGACAUCAGAAUAUGGGCAACCAUACAAUGUAGUAGCAACAGUUAUUGACUACUGUACUCAGAGGGACCGGGUGUAUGACUUGAAAUCAGCCACAGAAUAAUCCAUCAAGAAUCGUGCAGAACCAACAGGAGACAAUUCCCAUCAUAAGUACGGUGAUCCUGACAAUUUUGAUGGGUAUGAGACCUGGAAAAACCUAUGGAAGAGUCCAGCUAAUCCCAGUUAUUCCUCGAAACCUCAAUCCUAACCAAUUAGAAUUACUAGACCUUAUGUUUUUCAUGAUACUAAAAAAAAACAGAAUGAACCAAAUUUGUGAAACAUAAAAUAUAUGUAAUUAAGACACUAUUGUACAAAUGAGCAAUAAAAAUUAAACUGGAUCAACAAAAA